GAUUCCUUGCAAGUCCAGGAUCUCACCACUGCAGGCAAGUGUCAAGUGCGCCUCCAGCAAACCCCUGAGGGGUGCAAGAGAACCCAAGCAGCUCAGUUCAGGGACAACCAUCUCCCCAAGACAACGAAACCUAGAGUUCUGGCCUCUCUCUACUGCUCUGUGACCUACGACACCUCAGCUCUGUCCUGUCCUGUCUGCCUCUCCUUGGUGUCCAGAUGGUAAGUGUGUACGGCGUCUUCCAGCCAUGAGCCAGCUCCGCCGACCAGAGUGCCAAGUGCCCCACUAGCCACGAGCCGGCUUCUGCUGCAGACCAACUGCACCUGUGCAUUCAACUUUCUACAGCUGUCAAACCCAAAUGUCCAGCUCUCUGCAGAGAGAAUCACCUCUCUCUCUAAAGAUGGAGCCACMGCUGCAAACUGAUUUCUGUGACCCUUCUGGCAAAUGCUGAAGACAGCACAGUGGCAACAUGGAUGUGACCUCUCCAGCCCACAGUUUUGGCAUGGAGAUUUACCCAGGUACCACACAGCUGGCAGACUCCAACAGCACCUCCCCAGAACUCAACCUGUCUCUUCCGCUACAAGGCACUGCCCUGGUGAACCAGACGGGGGACCUCUCUGAGCACCAGCAGUAUGUCAUUGGCCUCUUUCUCUCCUGUCUUUACACCAUCUUCCUGUUUCCCAUUGGUUUUGUGGGGAACAUUCUGAUCCUGGUGGUGAACAUCAGUUUCCGUGAGAAGAUGACGAUCCCCGACCUGUACUUCAUCAACCUGGCGGCCGCAGACCUCAUCCUGGUGGCCGACUCCCUGAUCGAGGUAUUCAACCUGGACGAGCAGUACUAUGACAUUGCCGUGCUCUGCACCUUCAUGUCUCUCUUCCUGCAGAUCAACAUGUACAGCAGUGUCUUCUUCCUCACCUGGAUGAGCUUUGACAGGUACAUCGCACUGGCAAAAGCCAUGCGYUCCAGUCUCUUCCGAACGAAGCACCAUGCCAGGCUGAGCUGCGGUCUCAUCUGGAUGGCCUCCGUCUCGGCCACCCUGGUGCCCUUCACGGCCGUCCACCUGCAGCACACGGAGGAGGUCUGCUUCUGCUUUGCGGACGUCAGGGAGGUGCAGUGGCUGGAGGUCACCCUGGGGUUCAUCAUUCCCUUCGCCAUCAUCGGGCUCUGCUAUUCCCUCAUCGUCCGUGUCCUUAUCAAAGCCCACAAGCACCGAGGCCUGCGCCCCCGGAGGCAGAAAGCGCUCCGCAUGAUCUUCGCCGUGGUCCUGGUCUUCUUCAUCUGCUGGCUGCCGGAAAACGUCUUCAUCAGCGUCCACCUCCUACAGCGCACCCAGCCGGGGGCUGCUCCCUGCAAACAGUCCUUCCGCCAUGCCUACCCCCUGACCGGCCACAUCGUCAACCUCGCAGCUUUCUCCAACAGCUGUCUGAACCCCCUCAUCUACAGUUUCCUUGGGGAGACCUUCAGGGACAAACUGAGGCUGUACGUGGAGCAGAAGACAAACCUGCCAGCUCUGAACCGCUUCUGCCAYGCCGCCUUGAAGGCAGUCAUUCCGGACAGCACCGAGCAGUCGGAUGUCAAGUUCAGCAGUGCUGUGUGACAGGCCUCCCCGGCAGGGACCCAGCUGUGGCACUAGUCACAAGGACUGUACACACCCAGGGCAAGGUGGGCCGGAGGCACAGGUCAAGUCACGCUCCCAAACUUCAAUGCCUCACAAGGGUCACCCCAUCUGGGUUGCUGGGGAACCUCGCUCCAGCCCUUCCUGAUUUCAUCCUGCUCACAGACUUGCACCCAUCCCAGUGCUCACGACCAUAGGUCAUGUGACUCUGACCUCCAAGAACACCAGAACCAGCUUAUCACUCAGCUCUUUCUACCGUACUAUUUCCCCAGUGGAAAGUGAUUCUGCCAUUGACCAAAAGCCAAAAGGAGGGAGGCCUUCUGGGUGAAGCAUCUUAGUUACAGAUAAAUCCGCAGCACACCUGAAACCCAGGGGGAAAAGGAAGUCUGGAGACAGAAUCUGCUCAACAGACCUAAACUGGAUCUGAUGUCUGAGAUGUGCAACUCACUAUGCACAUGCAAACUAGUCCACCCUGAGUCAAAGGGGAAAAGAAAAAAGUGUCCUGCACACACCUGAGCAUCCUUCGUCUCUAGGAAUGCUGCCCGCCCCCGGCUCCCGCUCCUAACACCCGAGAGACCUGCAUGGAGCUAGAAAGGGUCUCAUUUAAUGAAAUACCUGCUCGGAGAUGUGUUUAGACGUGCAUUUGUUUACAACAGACUUGGCAAUUAUGUGAAUGUGGGAUGAGACCACGAGAACUUCGUGCAGUUAAUGGGAUACACGGAGAAAUACUCUGGCGUGUGUGGCUGAAAAAUCUGUCUCUACAAAAUAAUAGUGGGAACAAUGAU